GAGGGAGAGUGGGGUCCCUUGCCCUCCUUCGCCGCGCGGGAGACCCUCAUGAGUCGACAAGACGCGAGAACAAGAAGGUCAGUCGCUCUCAGCCGUUCGUCGGGGCUCCGCGUAAUUCUGUACUUCUCACCUUCACUUUUUUCGUAAUCGUGUUUAUCAUCUUCAUGAGCAUCGUUAUGUACUCACGGAUGUUAUCGGCGUGUUAUCGCGUGGAUUAAACAAUUUUUAUGGACUAAACUUGUAUUUUGGUGAUUGAAAUUCCUGGAAAAGUCUUACAAAACUUGAAAAACCGGGCGACGAGAUACUUGAUAUUCAAUAUCCGUCGCAACUCCAUGGAAAAACUGACAAAAAAUCUAUGAAAGGAGCCGCACAUCAACUGAUUUCGCGGAAGUCAUGGCUGUACAAGUUCUUCUAUAUUUUUCCAUGUCUCAGUGUCGAUUUCCAUUGAAUUAAAGGGAUUCGCCGGUACGUCAAUCAUUAGUACCAUGAGAUGGAAAUCAUUGCGAUGGGAAACCGAUGCUGAGGUGCAUGACAGGUUCAGUGCGUGCUGGGAAUUACAGUGAGUGUUAUUUUUCAUGGAGACGGUGCUGAAGAUUGCCAACAUGUGGUGGCUAUUGUUGUUGAUGCUUGUGAGGACCAUAUCGUGUGCUCAUGGUGCUUGUGAGCCCAUUAGGAUUGAAAUGUGCAGGGGUUUGGGGUACAAUGUCACUACUAUGCCGAAUCUUGUUGGGCAUGAGAUACAAGGAGAUGCUGAUUUUACACUGCAGACGUUCAGUCCACUUAUUCAGUAUGGUUGCAGCGCUCAACUUCACUUGUUCCUCUGCUCCGUUUACGCCCCUAUGUGUACGGAGAAGGUGUCAUCGCCAAUUGGUCCGUGUCGAGGUCUUUGCGAACAAGUGCGAGCUCGAUGUUAUCCGGUCCUCCAGGGAUUUGGUUUCCCCUGGCCGGCGGCCCUCAAUUGCUCCAAAUUCCCACCCAAGAACAAUCACCAGCACAUGUGCAUGGAGGGUCCUGGAGAGCCGGGUCCAGUCAAUCCCAUUCAGGCUGUAGGAGCAGGUAACGGUCCCUGGGGCUGCUCUUGGUACGCUAAUUCAGGUAAAUACGUCUUCCUCAAUCGGUCGGGGAGAUGUGCAGCUGCCUGUGAUGCUGAUAUCCUCUGGAGUCAAAGGGAGAAACGACAGUCUGAAGUCUGGAUGGCUGCAUUUACCACUAUUUGCCUCAUAUCCAUUGCUGUCGCGGUCUUUGCUCUAUUAAGACCCAGAAAACAGAGGACCAUGAUGACUAUUGGUGAGAACGCAAUAGCAUUCUUAACCUUGUGCCACACAGCCGUAUCAAUUGGCUACGUAAUACGUCUGGCAGCAGGUAGAUAUGCAGUGGCAUGUACCCCAUCGAUACCACUCCACCCCCAAGAUCAGGUGGUGAUAGCUCAACAACAGCAGCAGUACCUCACUCAGGACGGUCUCGCCAAUCCCUACUGUGCCAUUGUGUUCCUUCUCCUGUACUAUUUCGGCAAUGCUGCCAGUGCAUGGUGGGUGGUACUCUGCACCUGGUGGUGCAUAGCAGCUCGUCGGUGGAUUCGUUCCUCAGCCACUGCUGCACUUAAAGAGGAAGGCUUUGGUCUCCAACAGGGCUUCUCAACCGUGGGAGCUGUUGUUGCUUGGGGAUUACCAGCUGCUCACACCAUCGCUGUACUCGUCACUCGGGAUGUUGAUGCUGAUGAACUAACAGGAAGCUGUUUCGUUGGUCAACAAAAUACCCGCUCCCUCCUCCUCCUGGUGCUAACCCCUCAGAUCCUCUAUCUAUCAAUCGGUUCAGCAUUCCUCCUCUCAGGAAUGGCUAGCCUCCUCCUUCCUCAUCCCCCGGCGAGCCCCCCGCCCUCCUCAGCGGUCCACACGAAUCCCCUGAUGAGACAACGAGAGGCAAAAUCACCAGCGGAGAUCCACCGCAGGCAGAAGUUACUCCUCACCCGACUUGGAAUAUUUUCGUGCAUCUAUGCAAUCGUGAUGAUGUGCACGACGACUGUAAUUCUGUACGAAUGGUGGGGACGUGACUCGUGGCUGAGGGCACCAGAGCCCUCCACUACACCUCGAAUGCCAUCUCGACCACAACUACAAUAUUUCAUUCUCAAGAUUAUUAUUUCGUUGAGCGGUGGAGCAGCAGCUGCUGCCUGGAUCUGGUGGCCAAGUCUUCUCAGUAUUUGGCGGAAAAUGCCACCCUGGAAGCAACCACCCCACAAAUGCCAUCCCCAUGCUGUACCUGUUAUGCAUUGCUACAGCCCAACAUCAACAAGUUCCACUAAUCAUCAGAUACAUCAUUUGAGUCAUCUGGCACCUCCCCAGCAUCAUCUUCUUCACCAGCAUGCAGUCAGCGUCGGGGGAAUGCCUCACAGAGGGCAUAAGAAGUACAGGAAGCACAGAAAAUAUCACAGUGGCAGCGAAACUCAAGUCUGACUCGAUGCUACACGUAUGGAGGAGUCGUAAUGAUGAAUCAGCGAUAUCUCGGGAUCUAAUGACGCGAUUUGGAUCUGGUGGUGCUUAAUUCAAAGCUUCAAAAACGUCUACGGAUUAGCCUGUUGAGCUUUUUGUUAAUUAAAACAUUGUCUCAAUAUACGAGGCAAUCGCUUAAAAAGUGAAUUUAUAGGCACAUGAAUAUGAGUUAUCCAUACGUGUGAGGUCGCAUCUACAGAAUAUCGAUUAUUUAUUCUAAGAAAAGGAAAACCCUUUUUGAUGUCACACAUCAGGUUUAUGAAGUUGUAAAUAAUGAUUAAGACGCCCUUCAUGAUCAUUAACUACAUCAAAUGCUGACUGCCUUUACAUCUACUUAAUUAUUUAAGUUAUUCGAGGAUGUACAUACCUAUUUUAUCACCGAGACAAAAAAAAGAUUUAUGGUGCAAAAUAUUUUGUUUUUGAUGGCUCAAGGAGUGAAAUUGUUCUUUUAUGUUUUUUUUUCUGUUGAAUUCCGUAAAUUUUGUUCUUUGUGAGAGACCAUAACUGAUAGGAGUAAUUAUAGUUCUGUAAGUACUUGAAAACUGCCGAGAAAUUAAUUUAGCUAUUACUGUAAUUAAUAACUACUUCCAGGCAGUUCCAGAGGAGAACGUCUUUGUGAUACAAAUCUCAUUUACUGUAGACAAUAAUAAUUAAAUACACAUUUAUGAUUUAAAAUCAUUCACCGAUUAUAAAGACUUCUGUAUCAUAACGAUUUAAUGAACAAUUUUAUAAAAUUAUCAAUCAUUAAACUGGUUAUUUACAUGAC